UUACAGGUACCUGAUGUCUAUGGUGUUUACCAGUUCAAGGUGGAGUACAAUCGUGUUGGUUUUACACGUCUUUUCAGUUCCACUCAGGUAUCAGUUCGACCAUUCACUCACCGAGAAUAUGAGAGAUUUAUUGAGUGUGCCUACCCAUAUUAUGCUAGUGCCUUCUCCAUGAUGUUUGGUGUAUGGUUAUUUUCCAUGGUUUUCUUGCACCACAAAGAACCUAUCCCCAAACGUAAGGCUGAAUAAGGUUGCUUGUUUGACCUAACAGAACUAGUUAACUUAACCAUUCCUGCUGUUUCUUUCAGCUGUUGUUUGUGUAGAAAAGAUACAUAAGAAGCAUAUUCAUAAAUUUACAUUUGGUAACUAGAGGAUUUUUCAUGAAUCUUAAUAUUGAUAUACUGUAUUUUGGAGCUUAAUGUAAAUAUAUUGAUGUAAUUUUCAAUAUAAUAUGAUCUUGUGUAA